AUGUGACCAAACAGAAGCAUCCGCUAUCAUGUAGCAGUGAGCCAUCAAAACAACUGACUCUAACAACAGCAGAAAUAACGACAGCAAGAAUUAGUAUAUCACCACUGGACACAUCAUCGCCAGCAAGAAAACAACUCCUGCUGGUGUCAUACGGUCGGACCGGCUCCUCCUUCACGUCUGCAAUCAUCAGCCAUGACCCUGACGUGUUCCUGAUCUUUGAGCCGCUUCAUGUUUUUAAUGACGAUUUGCAUGGGGACACAGUCACAAAAGAAACACAGCAACGUGUGUUUAGUGUCAUUGACGCAUAUUUACGAUGUGAUUUCGGUGGCUUGAACCAGAGCUUGUUUGCAGACGAACUGCUCGAAUCCAGCAACUCCACAAAACCGCUCUAUAAUUGCCUGAAGAACAAAGAAGUGAGUGGAUAUACUCACGUAGAGUGUUUUCUCUCCACCUGGUAUUCCUGUCACAGACACAAACUGACGCUAAUCAAAACUAUCCGGUUCCGAGCAGAAUGGGCAGAGUAUUUCUUGAGACGCCAUCACAACCUGAAGAUUUUGUAUUUGGUGAGAGAUGUCCGAGCAGUUCUCCACUCGCAAGCGAUACAUUUCCAAAACUCCACAAGGAAAGAACAAGCCGCAGAAAACGCAGCCGAUUUUUGCCAGAAAGUGUUCAAGGAUUCCCAAAUUUUCCAACAGCUGAGCUCCAAGUUCCCAGGACGUGUGCAAGGUGUUCGCUACGAGCACGGCUGUCUUGACCCUGAAGGCUACGCCCGCGCCAUCUACACAUUUGCUGGCCUUAACUUCACCAACAUUACCAGGCGAUAUCUCAAGGAAAUAACCAAAUCAAACACAACUCAAGAGACGCCUAUGAAUCCGUACAGUGUUGUCAGGCAGGACUCCUUACAAGCAAUGAACAACUGGAGACGUGUAGCGGACUACGAUGUUGUGAAAACGAUUGACACCAUCUGUAGGGACGUCCAUUCUUUCUUGGGAUACCGACCUGUUCGCUCGCUACAAGACUUAGUAUCUGAUCAGUGGUUGGUCACGCCUGUUUCUAACGGGCUGUUUCAUUGGUUCACUGAAAAACUUACAGUGACAAUUAACAACACUUCACAUGCAAAAGGAUAA